UCCUUCGAGAAUACCCGGAUGUCGCUCCUUCCCUGCCCCCUCCCGCCUCCCUUUCGGGGCUCGCGGCAGGGAGAACAAAAUGGCGGCCGAGGUCGACGCACCCGUUGGAUGAGAACAGGAUUUGAAGAAAUGGCCUUGGCUAAUCUAUAUUUCCUUUGCCGUUGUUGCCAACUUUGCCAAAAUUCCCGGCAUCGGGCUUUUACUUCCGCGAUCUACGGCUGGUCUUCAGCCAGGCAUAUUAGCCACUAUGAAGUCCUGGGGAUCAAGCAGGAUGCUACCUCGAAGGAGAUCAAGCAAGCCUUUUUAGGAAAUCCAAACAGGUAACUCCAUCCCGACAGCAACCCCACCAACCCCGAGUUGCACAGCCAGUUUGUGAAGCUGAACGAGGCCUACAACACCUUGAGCAAAGAGAAAAGCCGCCGAGAUUACGACGCCCAGCAAACCAUCCAGAGGAGCCGGCUGGCAAGAAACCCACCGAGGUUCAGCCCGAGACCCCUUCGGCGAUCCUCACUUCCAUCGCCAGCCAAGGCACCAGGAGACCUGGAGCACCAGGGCUCCCGCAGACGUUCAGCUGAAGACCCUUUCACUUCCUAUCACUCUCAAGAAACGGGAAGAAAUCCAGAUCCCUUUGGAGACGACGCCUACUGGCAGGAAUUCCACAAAACGCCUCCGGAAUGGUAUUCAGACCACGAGUUCAAGAGGAGGCAGCAACGCAACUUGAGGACCGCAAUGUAUUGUUUGCUGAUCAUGUCCGGGAGUCUCUUCAUUCACUUCGUGUCCUACAAGCAGGUCGCGAAACUUCACACCGGCUUCAUGGACGAGGGGACCGCAUGAUCACCGAGGCCCUCAUUAAGGCAAAGCGCAAGCCAGAGCCAGACACGAAGAGCGUCUACGACGUCAGCGGCCCCCAAUCCCGGAGGAAGAACCCACCUCCCCUAAACCUCACUCCGAAAUCUUGGACUCAAAGGAUACGGCUCCCCCUGUCUGAACUGCCAAGUAAUCCAAUUGUAGCUGGCCCUUCUCCAACCUGUUGGCCGAGACCCUCGGCAUCUCCCCCUUCGGACCACCUUCCCCUGCUCCCCAAUUCUUGUCAAUAGAAGCCCUUCGCUGCA